AUGAUCUCCGCGGUGGAGGCCAUGCGGUACCUCGCCUCUGGCAAAGGCGUGUUUGACUCCAUCUGCGACCUCAUCAUCCGCCCUCCGAGGGCGGAGUACGAUCCAGAGACGGAUUUGGGUCCCUCGCUCUUCCGCAUCAGCAACGACUCAGAGGUUUUCACGCGCACUGACCUCACCCUUACGGACAUGCGUGGGAUGGAUGUGAGGUGCUCGUGGUUUCACCCCACGGCAGCCCGUUCUCAGCCCUGUGUGGUGUAUCUCCACGGCAACUGCGGCUCCCGGUUUGAUGCGUUGGAGGCGCUGUUUCUCUUGCAACGCGAUUUUUCAUUAUUUGCCUUUGACGCAACGGGGAGCGGUCUGUCCGAUGGCGAGUUCAUCUCGCUUGGCUUCUACGAGCGGCAGGAUUUGGCGGCGGUCGUAGAUUUUCUUCACGGCCAAAAGACGGUUGACGGAAUUGGCCUGUGGGGACGUAGCAUGGGGGCAGUGACCUCCAUCAUGUAUGCCGCGAAGGAUCCCUCGAUUAAGUGCAUAGUCUGCGAUGCGCCUUUUUCUACGCUGCGUCUCCUCAUAAAGGAUUUGGUAAAACGCAAUGUUUCAAAACGAUUCCCGAUGAAGCUUGUGGACAGCAUUGUGGAUCGCAUUCGCAAGCGUAUUACGAAACGAGCCGCUUUUGAUAUUGAUGACUUGGAUGCGCUGAAGUAUGCGUCUGAGUGCGUGGUGCCGGCGUUUAUAUUUCACGGUGAAAGCGAUAACUUUGUAUUGCCGAGGCACUCCAUUGCGGUGUCCAACACGUUCAAGGGGCCGUGUCUGCACCAUCUGGUGAGCGGCGGCCACAACGAUGAACGCGGCGAAGACGUGCGGGAGGUUAUCGCCCAGUUCUUGACGCUCUACCUGGUUUACAAGCCGCAGGGGGAGCGGGACCUUAAGGCAGGACCCCAGCCUGUCUUUAUAAAACGGAUUCAAACGGAGGCGGCGGCGACGAAGGAGGCGGAGGAGCCGUCAACCUUAUCGGGCAGAGAAAACGCCACCGCUGCCCCCGAAGACGACGAUGAGGAUGAUGGGGACUCGUUCAUUGACCAGACAAAUUUGUCCCUGCUGUCACCCAUACGUUUCAUGCAGCCGCCCUUGUUUGCCGCCUCUUCAUUGCCAACAUCUGCGAGUGAGGAGACCACUCCAGAGGGAACACAAAACGCAUCUGCAUGA